AUGAGUGUCAUCAGUCUCUCGUCGUAUGGUUCUCGAGGCUCUCACCAAGUCACUUUAAGCGAGUCUGGAGUCAACCUCGGAGAAUAUGUACCUACAUUUUCAUCGCCAGGGAUUGUUACACCGGCCCAGCUACAUACAGCGCUGCAGCGAGAUUCCUCUGCAACAUCGCCGCAGGGUGGUCACAAGUCGGUUGGCUAUGCAGACGAUUGGCAGAUUCGCGCCGCGGCUCGUGUCAUGGCACUUCUCUUCAGAGCGAAUGGUACAGGAAUUGGCCGCAGGCCGGAACCCGGCUCUCGGGCAAGAGAUGGCUCAUCAAGCUCGAAGUGCGGUGGUGAUCGCCGAAAUAAAAUCGCCAUAGAUUGUUUCUACAACACACGGCUUGAUUACGCUGAUCUUAUUUUAGAUUUUGAGGCAUGGGAGUCUCGCAGCGGCAAAUUUUCCUUCUGCCAAUAUUCUUUUUUGUUAAGCAUAUGGGCCAAGAUACAGAUAAUGGAGCAUGACGCUCGCCGCCAGAUGGAGGCUAAGGCGAGGGAAGCUUUUUUCGACACUAUUCUUGGUCGGAGGGGGGUAAGCCAGUAUCUUGUGUUGAAAGUACGAAGGGACUGCCUGAUCGAGGAUAGUUUACAAAAUGUAAGUGCUGUUGUGGGAUCUGGUGAUGAAGAUAUCAAGAAGGGGUUGCGCAUAGAGUUCGUAGGGGAGGAAGGCAUCGAUGCCGGUGGUCUACGCAAAGAAUGGUUCCUCCUUUUAGUGAGAGAGGUUUUCGAUCCCCUUCACGGUCUCUUCCUUUAUGACGAUGAUUCCCAGUAUUGCUACUUUAACCCAUACUGUUUUGAGUCCUCGGAACAAUUCUUUCUAGUGGGCGUAGUCCUGGGGUUAGCGAUAUACAACUCAACCAUUCUUGAUGUUGCGUUGCCUCCGUUUGCCUUCCGAAAGCUUUUGGCAUAUGCACCAUCGAACAUUGCACCUACAUUAUCCUCUCCUCCCCAACCAUUCAAAGCUACCUUGGACGAUUUGGCCGAAUUCCGCCCCGCGUUGGCGAAGGGUCUACGUCAGCUCCUAGAAUAUGACGGAGAUGUAGCCGAAACAUUCUGUCAUGACUUUGCAAUACAAGUCGAACGCUAUGGCGAGGUAGUCCAGAUACCAUUACGCCCUGGAGGGGAGAAACAGCAAGUGACCAAUGACAACCGCCGAGAGUUUGUGGAUCUCUAUGUGCGCUACAUUAUCGACGGAGCCGUGACCCGCCAGUUCGAACCAUUUAGACGCGGCUUCUUCACAGUAUGCGGGGGCAACGCACUUAAUUUAUUCAAGCCAGAAGAAAUCGAGCUGCUUAUUCGCGGGUCUGAGGAGCUGCUUGAUAUACCGUCUCUACGGGGAGUAGCUAAGUAUGAUCAUUGGCCAGCUACCUCGCCCGAUCGCGAGCCAGUUGUCAACUGGUUUUGGGAAUUCUUUGAAAGAGUCUCGGCCAAAGACCAACGCAAGAUACUCGGCUUCAUCACUGGCAGCGACAGGCUUCCUGCCAUGGGCGCUGUCAACCUGGUCAUCCGGUUGAUGUGUCUAGGCCCAGACUCGGAGAGAUUUCCAACAGCGAGGACAUGUUUCAAUGCGUUGGGUUUGUAUCGAUAUAGAACCCGACAGAAAUUGGAGGAGAAGCUAUGGCGAGCAGUAGUUGAGAGCGAGGGCUUUGGGCUGCAAUGA